AUGUUUGCUACCGCUGAUUGUACAAAUCAUUACCCAGAACAAACAAUAUAUGAUAGUGAAUGGACUGAAAAUACUCGCACUGGAAUAUCAUGGCUUAAUUUAUUAACAUCACAACCAAUUCCAGAAGAAACUGAUAGUAUUCAUGAUACUUGUACUCCUGUACAAAGUAAUAGGCAAAGUAGUUGUUCAUCAUCAUCAGUAGAAAGUUGUUAUGUUGUUCUUGAAAUUCAACGACGUCGUUCAGUUGAUGAAACACCGAAUCAGAUUAAACAAGACCAAGAUGAAGUACAAGACGAAGAAUUAACAGAAAAAGAAAAAGAAAAAGAAGUAUAUGAAGAUACACAAGAAGAAGAAGUGCAAGUAGAAGAAGAACAAAUCCAAAAAGUGGUCGAAGAAGAAGAAGAAGAAGAAGAAGAAGAAGUAGAAGAAGAAGUAGAAGAAGAAAUAGAAGAAUUAAAUUUUGCUCAAACAAUUAGCAAUGAUAAUCAUAAUGUACACUAUGAACAGUUUGCUGUACCAAUGGCAACAGAGAUACCUAGGGAAGCACAUGUUGUUAAGCGUCAACAAGAAAAAUUUAUUGCUAUUGAAGAAUAUGCUCAAGUGACUGAACCUAUAAUACAAGAAAUGUCAAAUGAUAUUCUUUUUGAUAAAGCUAAAACAUUGAGUCAGUUUACUAAACGGAUGAAAGCAAUGUCUUAUUUAUCAAUAAAAGAACAACAAAAUUAUUCACCAUCAUUCGAUGAUGAAUCAUUGAAUAUUACAAAACUCAAAACAAUACGAAAAAUAAAUGAAUAUUAUCCAACAGCUAUUUCAACUGUAACAGCUGAACAACAACUACCAACUAUUCAAUAUUCAAAUUUAUCACGUUAUUCAACAACAAGUCUUGAUUCAAUUGAAAAUAAAUCAUUAUCAUCAUCACCUAUUCCGACACGAAUAACAACAACAUUUUCUAAUUUAUCAUCUCAACGUACAUCAAAUUCAACUCAAAUUCAACGAACAGGUCCAACAAUGGGUACAACCACACUUGCACGUACAUUUGCAUUUGAUCGUGCUUGUAUGGAAAAAUAUGGUCGAGUACAAGAACAAGAAAAUAAGCCUGUUGAAAUUCCAUUAAAAUCAAAUGGUGAAAUUUUUAUUAAAAAACAAAUAGAAUUAUCUGACAAAAAAACCGGACAUACUGAACAACUUCUACGUCCAGAAAAUACGAUUAAUUGUCGUUCAUUUACUAAUACUAUCCCAACAUCCUUCUAUAUCGGUGGUGAAUCAAGUAUGAUUGAUGAAUUAGAAUUUGAACAUUGUUCAACAAAUUCUACUUCGUUACCAAUAUCAAAUAGUCUAUCAAAAGCAUCAUCUAUUAUAUGUUUAAUGAAAAAAUAUGCUCGAACAGUUAAAUCUGAUUAUCUUUUGUCACAUAAUAAAAGCAAUACUGUUAAUCUAUCGUCAGAACCAAAAUUACUUCAAGUAAAAUAUCUUGAUGGUAGACUUCCAUUAAAUGAUGAACAAGCUCGAGAAUCACUUCGAAAAAAUUCAACAUUAACUGAUUCAAUAGCUAGUCGACUUAAUCGAUUUGGUUUACAAAAUACGUCCUCAACACAAGAUUUAUCAUCAUCACCAACACCAUCAUUUUAUGCAUCGUAUCGAAAACGAAUGUUUAAUCGUUUUCGAUCUUAUGUAGAAAACAAUUUUAUUCAACCACCACCAUCAUCAGUACCACAAUCGAGACCAUGGCAACAUAAAACAAUUAGUGAACUCUUAAGUGAAAAAAAAUAUGUAGUUAAUCGUCAUCGAUGA